CAGGCGCUAACCGGAUUAAUUGAGUCAAUUCUGUUGACCCACCAGCCGACCUGGGAUGGCCGCCAACAGCUCCUGCAGACUCUCCUCACCACGGAGGAGAGACAGCGCGUCUACCUCGAAGCUCGGAAAAACGUCCCGGGGGCGGAUGGGAGGCCGACCCAGCUGCCUAAUGAGAUUGAGGAUGUUUUCCCCUUGGUUCGCCCGACCUGGGACUACGACACCAUUGCUGGUAGGGAGCGUCGUCUCUAUCGCCAGGUACUCCUAGCGGGUCUCAAAGGGGCAGGGCGUCGCCCCACCAAUUUGGCAAAGGUACGUGCUAUAGUGCAGGGAAAAGAGGAGACGCCGGCAGGUUUUCUGGAGAGGUUAAUAGAAGGCUACCGCAUGGAUACUCCCUUUGACCCCUUGGCUGAAGACCGCCAACCAGAUGUAAUUAUGUCCUUCAUUGGACAGUCGGCCUCGGAUAUUCGUAAUAAGUUACAACAGUUGGAGGGACUUCAGGGGUACACCUUACAGGACUUAGUGAAAGAGGCAGAGAAGGUUUUUAACAAGCGAGAAACCCUAGAGGAAAGGGAGGAAAGGAUCCGUAAAGAGCAAGAGGAACGGGAGGAUAAGAGAGAUAAAAGACGUAAUAAAGAGCUGACUAGGAUACUGGCCACCGUAGUACAGGGCUCAGGGCAGAGUAAGUCAGGACAGAGUAGGGACCUGGGAGACAAAAGAGGACCACGGGUUGAACGAGACCAGUGUGCCUACUGCAAGGAAAAAGGACAUUGGGUUAAAGAUUGCCCAAGGAAGGGCCAAACGCAGGGACCUAAAAAGAAGCCCAUUCCUGUUUUGUCCCUAGAAGAUGAAGAUUAGGGGUGUCAGGGCCAGGAACCCCCCCCCCCCGAGCCUCGGAUAACCCUUAAAGUGGGGGGACAGCCGGUGACCUUCCUGGUCGAUACGGGAGCUCAACAUUCAGUUUUAACUGAGGCAAAAGGACCCUUGACCUCUAAAACGUCUUGGGUUCAGGGGGCAACUGGAGGCAAGUUAUAUCGAUGGACAACCGAACGGAAGGUCCACCUGAGCACUGGGCAAGUAACGCAUUCCUUCUUACUGGUCCCAGACUGCCCUUACCCUCUCCUAGGCAGAGACCUUCUUUCAAAAGUAGGGGCCCAGAUACAUUUUCAGCAAAAAGGGGCCACUAUUACUGGCGCGGGAGGGCAGCCCCUCCAGGUACUGACCUUGCGCCUAGAGGAUGAACACCGGCUGCACGAGGACUCACCGUCCGUCCAGCCCCUAGAUUCUGAAUGGCUCACUAACUACCCUCAGGCCUGGGUGGAAACGGCCGGAAUGGGACUAGCUGUAAACCAGCCGCCCAUAAUUAUAAACUUAAAACCCUCGGCCACCCCCAUAUCGAUCCGGCAAUAUUCAAUGAGCAAAGAGGCCAAAGAAGGCAUUCGGCCACAUAUACAGAGACUAUUACAAUUGGGCAUUUUAAUACCUUGCCAGUCGCCCUGGAAUACUCCUCUAUUACCCGUAAAAAAACCCGGCACAGGAGAUUACCAGCCGGUACAAGAUUUACGAGAGGUUAACUGGAGGACAGAGGACAUACAUCCCACGGUGCCGAAUCCCUACAACUUGCUCAGCACCUUACCCCCAAGCCAUGUCUGGUAUACGGUGUUAGAUCUAAAAGAUGCAUUCUUUUGCCUGAGGUUAAGCUCUCAAAGCCAGCCUAUUUUUGCUUUUGAAUGGAAAGAUCCUGAGACGGGACUCUCAGGACAACUCACUUGGACAAGGCUGCCGCAGGGAUUCAAAAACUCCCCUACUUUGUUCGAUGAGGCCUUGCAUCGGGAUUUGGCAGAUUUCCGAGUUGGCCAUCCGGACCUCAUCCUUCUGCAGUACGUGGAUGAUUUGCUCCUGGCAGCUAGGACAGAACAGAAUUGUGUAAAAGGUACGGGGGCCCUGCUUGAGAGACUGGGAGAACUGGGGUAUAGGGCCUCCACCAAAAAGGCCCAAAUAGGCCAGAGACAAGUGACCUAUCUGGGAUAUCUCCUGGAAGGAGGCCAGAGGUGGCUGACGGAGAGCCGCAAAAAGGCUGUAGCCCUGAUCCCAGCACCCACUAAUGCCAAAGGACUACGAGAGUUCCUCGGCAGUGCUGGGUUCUGCCGCCUCUGGAUACCCGGGUUUGCGGAGAUGGCGGCUCCCCUAUAUCCUCUCACGAAAUCCAACACCCCCUACCACUGGGGAAAGGAGCAGCAAUUGGCUUUUGACAAAAUAAAAAGGGCCUUAUUGACCGCCCCUGCCCUGAGCCUCCCAGAUGUAACCAAGCCUUUUACGCUAUAUGUUGAUGAACAUAAUGGAAUAGCCAAAGGGGUCCUAACUCAAAAACUGGGACCCUGGAAAAGGCCCGUGGCAUACUUUUCAAAAAAAUUAGACAGCAUUGCUGCAGGAUGGCCCCCAUGUCUCCGAAUAAUAGCGGCUGUGGCAGUCCUGGUAAAAGACUCAGACAAGUUGACUUUUGGCCAACCCCUCACUGUGGUGGCCCCCCACGCCGUAGAGACAGUCAUCCGCCAGCCCCCUGAUCGAUGGCUCUCAAAUGCCCGGGUCACCCAUUAUCAGGCCAUGUUACUGAAUUCUGAGCGGAUACAGUUUGGAACGGCUACAUCUCUAAACCCGGCCACCUUGCUUCCAGAAACCGAGUCCCCCUCCCUAGUAAUGCAUGAUUGCCACCAGAUCCUAGCUGAAGUGCACGGAAUCAGAGCUGAUCUCCAGGACCAGCCACUGCCAAACGCGGACGCCACCUGGUACACGGAGGGCAGCAGUUUUGUCCGAGAAGGAGUCAGAUAUGCGGGGGCAGCCGUAACCACAGAGACGGAGACCGUCUGGGCAGGGGCAUUGACAGCCUGAACGUUGGCAAAAUGGGCAGAACUGACCACACUGGCCAAGGGGCUGACCGUGGGGGAAGGUAAACGAAUCAACAUCUACACCGACAGCAGGUACGCCCUCGCCACCGCUCACGUCCACGGAGCCCUUUACAGGGAGAGAGGGCUCCUGACAGCAGAGGGAAAGGCUGUUAAAAACAAAACGGAGAUCCUUGAACUCCUGAGGGCCCUCUGGCUGCCCAAGGCCCUAGCCAUCAUCCACUGUCCGGGGCACCAAAAGGCAGACACGCCAGUAGCCAGGGGAAACCGGUGAGCCGAUUGACAAGCAAAAGAGGCGGCCCUUCUGGUGACGCAGGUCUUAGCAACCACGCGACCUGAUCCGGGGGCACCGACCCUGCCUGACACCCCCAACUAUACUGAUGCUGACUUACACUGGACCAAACGCUCCUAUGACCAGUGCUUGCGUGGCUGGUGGAGGGCUGCAGACUCCAGCGUCAUCUUGCCAGAGGAACUAGGACUGCGAGUCCUAUCCCAAAUGCAUCCGAGUACUCACAUGGGGACAAGGAAGAUGGAAGACCUCAUACGACAUGCAAAGAUCACUAUUAAAGACUCUCGAGCAAAGAUCGAGCAGAUUGUGGCAAGCUGCCAUGCAUGCCAGUUAACUAAUGCCAAUGCCCAUGGAUCUAACCCGGGCACCUGGCUCCGGGGGGACCGCCCAGGAGCCUAUUGGGAAGUGGACUUCACUGAGGUAAAACCUGGAAAAUACGGAUACAGGUACUUACUAGUGUUUGUAGAUACUUUUUCAGGAUGGACAGAGGCAUUUCCCACCAAACAUGAAACGGCACAGACGGUGACCAAGAAACUGCUGGAUGUCUAUCUUACCGAGGUAACAUUUGGCAAUAAGGCUGUCUCGCUCUGA